UCUUCCAGUAAGAGAAGAAAUGGUGGGAGAAAUGCUUGAGGCAGAUCCAGAGCUUCGUAAAGGUCUUACACACACCAUUCAAUCAAAGGAAGCAAACAUAUUGCUAGAACGCAUAAAGAAAUUUUCAGAUUGGUCAAGAGCUGUAAAGGGUAUAGCUCGACUUAGAAGAUUUCUCAAAGAGUUCAAAGGUCUUCAACAAAGAACAAAUAAAGCUUCUGAUCUUGAAGAGAGGAAAGAAACUGAAGUCUUCAGUAUCAAGCAGACACAAGAAGAAGCCUUUACAGAAGAAACACAGAAAAUAAAAACACAAAGAGAAAGUACUGUGUCAAAGAACAACAGACUGAGACAGCUAAAUGCCUUUCUUGACAAUGAAAAUGUUCUGAGAGUAGGUGGACGACUUUCACAAUCAACGCUACACUACAAAGUCAAACACCCUGCAAUCCUUCCCAAAGAUUCGCACGUGUCAAGCUUACUCAUUAAACACUACCAUGAACGUGUACAACGCCAAGGUAGAGGCAUGACUACAAAUGAACUACGUGCAAAUGGAAUCUGGAUUGUAGGAUGUGGAAGUGUUGUUUCAUCACACAUCUAUGACUGCGUGAAAUGUAGAAAAUACAGAAAGACUACAAAUGUUCAACAGAUGGCAGAUUUGCCGGAAGUAAGAACAGAAACAGCCCCUCCAUUUUCUUACUGUGGCGUCGACUGUUUUGGCCCCUUCAUAGUGAAGGAAGGAAGAAAGGAAAUUAAAAGAUACAGACUAUUGUUCACAUGCUUAUGUUCACGAGCAGUGCACAUUGAAACGUUGGACGACUUAACAACAGAUGCGUUCAUUAACGCCCUUCGUACUCUUAUUGCAAUAAGAGGUCACGUCCGACAAGUAAGAUGUGACCAAGGAACAAACUUUAUGGGUGCUACAAGAGAGUUUUUGCAGUUAAUGAAAGACAUGGAUCAAGAACGCCAAAGGGCUAUCGGUUGCGAAUUUGUGUUGAAUGUCCCAGCAGCCAGCCACAUGGGAGGUGUAUGGGAACGCCAAAUUCGAACAGUACGAAGCAUCCUACUAGCUAUGCUAGACAAAUGUUCAAACCGACUGGAUGUUACAAGCUUGAGAACGUUUCUUGAUGAAACGAUGGCAAUCAUCAAUAGCAGACCAUUAUCUGUUGAACAUCUAAAUGAUCCCACUGGUCCAGAACCGCUUACACCCAAUCAUAUUUUAACUAUGAAGUCUUCAGUUAUUCUCCCUCCUCCUGGUCAGUUCUCUAGGGAAGAUUUGUACUUGAACAAAAGAUGGAAAAGAGUCCAGUUUCUUGCAAAUGAGUUCUGGCAGAGAUGGAAACGAGAAUAUCUGUUGAAUCUCCAACAACGACAAAAAUGGCAGAAAGCCUCCCGUAACCUGCAAGUAAACGACAUUGUGAUUCU